ACCUGCCUUUAGUCUGGUAACACGCACUACUUUCCUGUCAUUGGCCGGCGAAAAUGUCCACCAUAUGUUGGAUAGCGUUGCUGUCCGCAUUUGGCUGGCAUGCUGCUGAAGCCGUCUUCAACCGGCCGUACGAAAUCAAACUACAGGACAACGGGUACAACCUGCUGGUCGCCAUUAGCGAAAACAUCCCUGAAGAUACGCGGAUCGUGGAUAGGCUGCAGGAAAUUUUGACCGAGGCGUCCCAAGCCUUGUACGUUGCCACCAACAACCGCGCGUUCUGCGCGGUGGUCAAGAUCCUCAUCCCGAAAUCCUGGACGAAAAAAGAUGAGUACCUUCCAGCCGGAACCGAGACGUUCGAAAAGGCUAACAUCAGAGUGGACGUGCCGAACCCUCUGUACGAGGACAAUCCAUAUGUGCAGCAGAAGGGAGGAUGUGGAGUGGAAGGCGACUACAUGCACCUCACCCCUAAAUACGUGGUGGACAAGGAUUAUGGACAAAUGACAUGGGGUCCUUAUGGCAAAACGUUCGUCCAUGAAUUCGGCCAUCUCCGCUGGGGUCUGUUCGACGAGUACGGCUUCGAUGAUCCGUCGGGAGAGUCCUACCCGCACUUCUACCGCUCAUCGACAGGGGGCGUCCUACCCACCCGCUGCUCAGCCAAAGUUGCCGGAUACCACCAAAACAUGGUGACGGGAGCACGCUGUCAGCUUAACCCCGAAACCGGAGUCUACGAGCCGGAGUGCCGUUUCUACCCGUAUUUCUCUGACAACCAAGCAACUGGGUCUUACAUGUUCAUGCAUUUUCUUGACAAUGUGAAAGGUUUCUGUCACAGUGACCCGGAAGGUGACCCGCUGUCCUACCACAACCGGGAGGCGCCCAACAAACAGAACGUCAUGUGUCAAGGCCAGAGCACCUGGGACAUCAUGAACAAACAUCAGGACUUCGCGAACGGCGCCAACCCUCCCAGGGCAGUCAACUCUACCGUACCGCGCUUCGUCCUGCUGCAGGAGAGCGACUUCGUCAGCAUAGUUCUGGUGCUGGAUGUGUCGGGAAGCAUGCAGGGGGAACCGCUCCAGCGUCUGAUCCAGGUAUCAAGGAGGUUCAUCCGCAGCACGGUGUCUUUAGGUACCUCGGUGGGCGUGGUCACCUUUGCGGUCGACGCUUCAAUAGAACACCCGGUAGUGAGUGUCACCUCUCAGGCAGUCCGUGAUGGCUUGAUUGCUUCACUUCCCACCAGUGCUACUGGGGGCACGUGCAUUGGGUGUGGUCUUCAAAAAGGCGUCCAGGCACUCGAAGAAGUAGGGCCGUCUCAAGGAGGUAUCCUUCUCCUUAUCACUGAUGGCGAGGAAAACCGAGACCCGAGGAUCAGUGAAGUGAUACCGGAGCUUGUCACGAAAAGCGUCAUCGUCUCAAGCAUCGCCUACAGCCAAGACGCCGACGCCAUGCUGCAGACCCUAUCGCUGCAGACAGGGGGCCUCUCGUUCUUCUCUGGGACUGACGAAUCUACAGCCUUGGACAACGCUUUCACCACCACGUUCGAAGAAAAAGCUGGAACCAAUGGAGUGAAGAUCCUAAGUGAAGACAAGACCAUCAGUAAUCGGGAGACCUACAGCAACCACGUGUACGUUGACAACAGUGUGGGGGAGAACACCACGUUUUCUGUCUCCUGGCUGGACGGACAACGUCCCAGGGUAACUCUGGGGACCCCACAUGGCCUUAUGAUCACCGAAGGAGACCCCCUGUAUGACGUCACAUCGGACACCAUUACCAUUGAGAUACCUGGCAUAGCAACGCCAGGAAAGUGGGUCUACAACAUCACCAACAAUACCCCCAACGACCAGGACGUCACCGUCAUAGUGACGUCCAACGCCGUCAACGACACCGUACCCAUCAAAGUGACCGCACAGGUCAGCGCCGUGUCCCUUAACUACUCCUCCACUCAGCCGACGGCGCUGACGAUCUUCGCGUCGGUACGAAAGGGGUACCUGCCUGUCAUCGGGGCUGUCGUGAAGGCGUCCAUUGAGAAGCCCGGUGGUGAGGUAGAGGAGAUCAUGCUGCUGGAUAACGGUGCAGGUACUGACGUAACGACGAAUGACGGCAUCUACUCUAGAUGCUUCUUCAACUUCUCCAAGGACGGACGUUACGGCGUUUCCGUUAAGGGAGACAACUCUCAGGGGGGUGCCGGGUACAUCGUCAUCAACCAUGGACGUCGACGUGGCAUGCGGAGUGGUGUGCUACCGCUGGACCCUGCCUCUGGGUUUACCAGUGGGGACGACGUUCAGAAAGAACCGUUAGAGCCGUUCCAGAGGAUGACAACAGGAGGCGUUUGUCAAGUACAGGGGAUCCCCAGUGGUGGAAUCUCUGGACAGGACAUGCUGCCGCCGUCCCGGGUGGAUGACCUCGUGGUGGUUGAAGUUUCCUACGCCAACGCUACCGUGACCCUGAGUUGGACAGCGCUCGGUGACGACUUCGAUCAGGGAGGGCCAGCCCACCAUGUUGAGACCCGGUACAGCCGCCAUUUUGACCAGCUUGCAGACGACUUCUACGGGCAAGCUUUGGUCAACCAGUCACAAGUGCUGCAGGGAAGUCUGACGUCACUUCCGGAACCCGGCUCCGCCAUGACUAUCGUCAUCCUGGUGCCAGACCGAGGCCACAACGUCACGUUCGUCUUCGCCGUGCGCAUGUGCGACGAAGCGGACAACUGCGGUGAUCCCUCCAACAUCGUGACGGCGAAUCUCGAGUACAUACCCGACCCCGAGCCUGUCUAUACCAACGAUACGCUCACCUGGGUCAUUGUUGGCUCGGUGAUUGGUGUGGUUGUUUUGGUCGCCGCAGCUUUGUUCAUCUCCUGCAAAUUCUGCAGGUCCAAGUCGGCAAAAUCUGCCACGCAACCUUCCGCUAACGACAAUCCUGCGUACAAUCACACUGUGUAGCUCACUUUGUUUGAUGUGCAUUUCUACUUCUUGUAGAAUGCACUACUUGUGUCACGUUGAUUUUCUGUGCACAUGAAGCUGAAUGUUACUGGUAUAAAACAUCAUGCUGUUUUCAUGGCAGAAAAAGUUUCAACCAUAGAAUUUUAUGACAUAAAAUAAAAAGUACUUGUCGUAGACUGAGAAUAGUACUGUCUUAUCUCCAAUUAAAAUAAUCAUAACAUUACGCAUACAUGCCACUAAGAGGUGUCAUUAGUAAGCUUUAGCACUAUCAUAAACAUUUAUGGUUAUCGUUUGCUGAUAUUAUCACAAUAUUGUCAACAGUCAACAACGUACAUGUAUCUGCAUCAAGUUUGCCAUGAAUCAUAUUACAUGU